AUGGCCGAGAACAUAUAUGACGAGAUCGAAAUUGAGGACAUGACCUUCGAUUCAGAUCUCCAGAUCUACCACUACCCAUGUCCGUGCGGCGACCGCUUCGAAAUCGCCAUCGCCGACUUGAGGGACAAGGAAGAUAUCGCCGUCUGCCCCAGUUGCAGUCUGAUGAUUCGGGUUAUUUUUGAUGUGAACGAUUUGGCUGAGUCCGGAGACGAGGAUUUGAAGACGGAAGGGCAGGUUCAAGUCCCUGUGAAGGCUUAA